AUGCAACCCAAAGUCACAUUCGCUCCAGGACUCUCAUCAGACGUUAUCAAACCUUCUCGUCCCUCUCGGAAAACAACAGCAGUAGUAGUACCCACAGAAAAGGACUACGGCCCUCUCGCAUACGCAAUCAUACUCCCCAGGAGACUAAUGCUUCCCCGCCUAGCCGAAGCCGACCCAGAUAUCAUCGGCAACCCGGACAUCAUCGAUACUGCAAAAUUAAGAGCACAACGCGACGCAAUCGAGAUUUCACUGGAAAACAUGUGUGAUGAAGCGCGGAAGAUAUGGCCGAAUACUUUUGGGUGUCUCGUGGAUCCUUCGUUCGAAGACGGUUCGUGCUAUGCUUUGGGGUUCGCUGAUAAUACUCGUCCUGAGAAUGGUUCGUUACCCACAAAGGAGCAGAUGCAGCAGAUCAGAGAGCGUCUGAGGCUCACGGGAGAGGACUAUAGACUGUGUUGGUUUCAAGAGUUGUAUCCAUGGGAAUAUCGUCUUUAA